AUGGCAACUAUUACGAGGGAGAAGGUGGCAUGUGUGAUUUUUGGCGCACCACACGACAUACCCACUAAUGUUCUUCCAACCUACGCCGAUGUUAUGAAGGCCUACAUCAAUACAAGACAACAGUUGACAACGAAGAAUAACAAAUAUCCACCAUUCGCCGAAGUAUCAAACAAAGUUUGCGUCGAUGUUGAACUUGUUUGGGAAAAAGCGUCUCUUCCGACAGUGACACACGGACGAGUAAUUGAAACACUGAGAUCAUACAAUGAAAAAUACAAGAAAAUCUUGAAACCAUACAAGGCUCGGAAGGGCAAUGACAAGUACAAGCAACAACUUGAACAGUUCAGAGAAGACUCAGAUAAAUUAUUUGACAUUAGCAAAUGCAAAUGUGUAGAUUUCCUAAUGAGCUGUAAGUGCAAAAGAGCAGACAAAGUACCACUCAGUGAAAGAGACUUUCUAGUGGACCAGAGAGGAGCCAGGAAGAUGAUUAUAGGAGGCAUCGAUUUGAUGGAUACAAAGAGGCUACAGAAGAAAAUAUCCAGGAAAGAAAGUGAAUCAAGAAGACACAGUGACAGCAUUCAGCAAGAACAAUCGAAGCAGCAAUGCAAUUCUAGAAGCUACAAUGUGGAAGACAAGGACGACGACACAGAUACCAGCGAUGAAGAUGACACUCUAUCUAAGUCACACUGUAAACAUGAUCUACCAACACCAGAGAGUAAACGACAAAAAUGGCGAUGA